AUGGAGCUCCAUUACCUUACUAAGAAGAGCAGCCAGGCAGACCUGUGCAAUGCCAUGGACCAUAAUUCAGGAGGGCUUCCUGGUGACCCUGUAGAUGUAGCAGCCAUCAGGGCUGCUCUUUGCUGUCAAAAACACUGUAUAUCUACACCAAGAUUAUCUGGGAUGGAAGGGUCUAGACUUAGCCCUUCUCCAGCAUCCCCUUCUUCCUGUCUGCAAGACAGUGUUAUUCAGCCAAACUUCUUCCCACCAGGACCCCUUGACUCAGGGAACACCCAAAUAACAGCAGAACGGAAAGUCUGCAACUGCUGCAGCCAAGAAUUAGAAACAUCUUUUACUUAUGUGGAUGAGAAUGUCAACUUGGAGCAGCGGAACCGGAGGUCCCCUUCAGCAAAAGGCAGUAAUCAUCCUGAAGACCUUGGCUGGGGAAAUCCAAGUGAAUGGUCUCAUGAGGCUGCCAUAUCCUUGAUCUCCGAAGAUGAAGAUGACACCAGUUCAGAAGUCACAUCUUCAGGGAAGUCAAUUGACUAUGGUUUCAUCAGCGCCAUCUUGUUCUUGGUCACCGGCAUUUUGCUGGUGAUCAUUUCUUACAUUGUCCCACGAGAGGUGACAGUGGAUCCCAACAGCGUGGCAGCCAGGGAGAUGGAACGUCUAGAGAAGGAGAGUGCAAGGCUCGGGGCUCAUCUGGACCGCUGUGUGAUUGCUGGGCUCUGCCUCCUCACGCUUGGGGGGGUUGUUCUGUCUUGUUUGUUAAUGAUGUCUAUGUGGAAGGGGGAGCUCUAUCGUCGAAACAGAUUUGCAUCUUCCAAAGAAUCUGCAAAACUCUAUGGUUCUUUCAACUUCAGGAUGAAAACCAGCACUAAUGAAAACACCCUGGAGCUGUCCUUGGUAGAAGAAGAUGCUCUCACUGUGCAGAGUUAA